GGCGGAAGGGCCUGAGGUGCGUAUUUUUGGCUCAUGUAGCGCCAUGCGCUGCCCCUGUUCAUAUAUAUAAAGUCGAGAGACAGUCUCCCCCUAGACCAUACCAUCUGGGUUAACCAUACAACGGGGAUAUAUGUCGACAACAACCCAAAAUGGCUGACAAGUUGACAUUUCUCCUCUUCGGAGACCAGUCACUUGACACGCAUGGGUUCCUGGCCGAUUUCUUCCGCCGAGGAAAUCAGGGCUAUCUAGCAAAGGGCUUCAUCGAGCAAGCUUCUCAGGCGUUGAGGAACGAAGUCGAGGGCCUGGCGAAACUGGAACGUUCAAAGCUGCCCACCUUCCGUAACCUACAGCAGCUGAACGAGCGGUAUCAUGCCCAGAAACUCAAGCACCCCGGAGUUGACGGCGCUCUGCUCUGCGUCUCGCAGUUGGCGCAUUAUAUCGACCAUGCAGAGAAGAACCACGAGGAUGUCACGAGCCAUGAUCAGACCUAUCUUGUUGGUCUCUGCUCGGGGCUUUUCGCCGCCUCGGCGGUUGCCACCACCCCGUCCCUGUCGGCGCUCGUCCCAGUCGCCGUCCAGGUCGUGUUACUGGCCUUCAGGACUGGCUCAUACGUCCACAACCUUGCCGAGAGGCUAAACCCAGCUUUUGAAAAAUCCGAAAGUUGGACGCACAUCUAUGCUGGCAUCGGAAAGGCCGAGGUCUCGAAGUUGCUUGAGGAUUUCCAUCAGAAGAAUGGGAUCCCAACUGCCAGCCGCGCAUAUGUAAGCGCAACAUCCGUCAACAGUAUCGCCAUCUCCGGACCGCCCACGACAUUGAAAGCCUUGUCGAGUAGCGGGGUCAUCCCGCAUAGGCCAACAUCGAUUCCGGUCUACGGCCCGUACCAUGCCGCCCACCUCCACUACGACAGCGACCUCGAGAAGAUACUCCGUCUUGACGACGAAAAGUUCCUCGACUCCAUCGUCGCUACCAAGCCGCGGUCCGCCGUCUUGUCGUGUGCCACCGGUACCAGGUUCACCGAAACCGAGACGCUGCCAUUGCUCAAGGCUGUCGUCUUCGAAAUCCUGAACGAGACGUUGGUGUUCAACAACGUCCUCGAUGGGUGUCUCAGCCUCGCACGCAACUUCCAGGGAGACAGGUGCCUGAUUCUCUCGCUCGGCCCUACACAGAAUGCCGCCACCCUCGCCAACCUCAUACAAUCACAAACGCAUCUCGAGGUCACCCUUCGGAAGCCUCAGCCAAUCAGUGAACACAGUAUCUCAUCCGCCAUUGGAAACCACGGGUCGAGAGGGCGAGCCAAGUUGGCCAUUGUUGGCAUGGCUGGGCGGUUCCCGGACGCUGCUACCCACGAGAAGCUGUGGGAGUUGCUCUCAAAGGGUCUCGACGUCCACCGCGUCGUCCCCAAGGACCGGUUCAAUGUGGAGACGCACGUUGACCCCAGCGGCAGGAUUAUGAACACCAGCCAUACCCCGUACGGUUGCUGGAUUGAGAAUCCAGGCCUCUUUGACCCGCGCUUCUUCAACAUGUCUCCUCGCGAGGCGUAUCAGACAGACCCGAUGCAGAGGAUGGCACUGGCAACGGCCUAUGAAGCUCUCGAGAUGUCUGGCUAUGUCCCCAACAGGACGCCGUCCACAAAACUCGAUAGGGUGGGCACCUUCUACGGCCAGACGUCGGACGACUGGCGCGAGAUCAACGCCGCCCAGGAGGUGGACACCUACUUCAUUACAGGAGGUGUCCGCGCUUUCGGGCCCGGAAGGAUCAAUUACCACUUUGGCUUCUCAGGGCCGAGUCUCAACAUCGACACGGCCUGCUCGUCCAGUGCUGCGGCGAUGAACGUCGCAUGUUCCGCCCUGUGGGCUCGUGACUGCGACACGGCCAUCGUGGGUGGUCUCUCAUGCAUGACGAACCCCGACAUUUUCUCCGGCCUCAGCCGUGGACAGUUCCUCUCCAAGAAGGGGCCCUGCGCCACCUUCGACAACGAGGCUGAUGGCUACUGUCGGGGCGACGGCUGUGCCUCGGUCAUUGUCAAGCGUCUCGAGGAUGCGAUUGCAGACAAGGACAACGUCCUAGCUGUCAUCCUCGGCACGGCGACCAACCAUUCCGCCGAUGCCAUCUCAAUCACCCAUCCUCACGGCCCGACACAGUCGAUACUGUCCACCUCUAUCCUGGACGAGGCGGGUGUCGAUCCGUUGGACGUUGAUUACGUUGAGAUGCACGGCACCGGAACCCAGGCCGGCGACGGGACCGAAAUGAAGUCAGUGACAGAUGUGUUUGCUCCCGCAAACAGGAAGCGGCCGGCGGACCGGCCGUUGUAUAUUGGAACGGUCAAGGCCAACGUUGGACACGGAGAGGCAGCUUCGGGCGUGACAGCUCUUAUCAAGGUGCUGCUCAUGCUGCAGAAGAACGCCAUCCCGCCGCACGUCGGCAUUAAGCAGGGAUCUGUCAUCAAUAAGACGUUCCCCAAGGAUCUCUCGGAUCGCAAUGUCAAUAUCGCCUUCCAUAUGACGCCCUUGCGCCGUUCGGAUGGCAAGCCUAGACGCAUCUUCGUCAACAACUUCUCCGCUGCUGGCGGCAACACGGGAUUGCUGAUCGAGGAUGGCCCCAAGCUGAAGCCGGCUCUUGCUGAUCCGCGUACGUCGCACAUCGUCACCGUCACGGGAAAAUCCAAGGCUGCCAUGAUCCGGAACGCCGAGAGGAUCGUGUCCUGGAUUGAGAGCAACCCCGAGACUCCGGUCUCCCAUCUUGCCUACACCACGGCUGCUCGUCGCAUCCAGCACUAUUGGCGCAUGAAUGUCGCUGCCUCGAGUCUCCCCGAGGCCAAGAAGGCCAUCAGCGACCGCCUCAAGGAGAACUUUGUCCCGGUCCUGCCUGAACAGCCUAAGGUGGCUCUGAUGUUCACGGGGCAGGGCUCCCAGUACGCCGGCCUCGGCAAGGACUUCUACGCACACUUCUCCGUCUUCCGACAGGCCAUCGACGAGUUUGACAGCAUCGCUAGGAUCCACGGGUUCCCAUCUUUCCUGCCCUUGAUCGACGGGAGCGAACCUGACGUUACCAAACUCUCUCCGGUUGUCGUCCAGUUGGGCCUGGCCUGCUUCGAGAUGGCGAUUGCCCGCCUGUGGGCUUCGUGGGGCAUCAAGCCCUAUGUUGUCCUCGGACACAGCCUUGGCGAAUAUCCGGCCCUCAACGUGGCAGGCGUUCUCUCCGCCAGCGACACCAUCUACCUUGUCGGUGCUCGUGCGAGACUCCUCGUCAACAAGUGUACCGCGAACACCCACGCCAUGCUUGCUAUCCAGGGCUCCGUCGAGACGGUCAUGGAGGCCGUCGGUGCCCGGGCUGCCCAUGUAAACGUUGCCUGCGUCAACGGCCCUCGCGAGACCGUCCUCAGCGGCGCGGCGAGCCAGAUCGCCGAGAUCGCCCAGCACCUGGGCGAGACAGGCUUCAAGUGCACGCAGCUCCAGGUGCCCUUCGCCUUCCAUUCCGCCCAGGUCGAUUCCAUACUGGACGAGUUCGAGAACAUCUCCCGCUCUGUGCGCUUCAUGACACCGCAGAUCCCCAUCAUUUCACCGCUGCUUGGCAAGCUGCUCGAGAACGAGCCGAUCAACCCAGAGUACCUUCGAAGACACGCCCGCGAGCCCGUCAACUUCCUCGGUGGCCUCAUCUCUGCUCAGCAGACGGGCGCCAUCGACGAGAAGACUGUCUGGCUUGAGGUCGGUCCUCACCCGAUCUGCGCCGGCAUGGUCAAGGCAGCCUUCGGGGCCUCCACCAUCGCUGUGCCGACCCUCCGUCGCAAGGAAGAGUCCUACAAGACCCUCACUGCCAGUCUCUGCACUCUUCACACCGCCGGUCUCAACAUCGACUUCAACGAGUUCCACCGGGACUUCAGCAAGUCGGUCCGGCUUUUGGACCUGCCCAGCUACUCCUUCGAUGAGAAGACGUACUGGCUGCAAUACGAGGGCGACUGGUGUCUCACCAAGAACCGUGUUGCAAAGGCCGAUCCCAAGCUGCUGCUUCCUGCCAAGCCCAAGCUGUCGACGACGACAGUCCAGAAGAUCAUCCGAGAGGAGGUCAAGGACGACGUGGCCAUCGUGGAGAUCGAGUCAGACCUCUGCCAAGAACAGCUCCGCCACGCCGUCUCCGGCCACAUGGUCAACGGCGCACCGCUCUGCCCGUCGUCGCUGUACGGCGACAUGGCAAUGACCGUCUGCGACUACGCCUACAAGCUUGUGCGCCCGGAGGCGAAGAACAUCGGCUCCAACGUCGCUCACAUGGAGGUGCCCAAGACUCUCAUCUUCGACGACACGGCUAAGAGCCACAUCCUCAGGCUCACCGUCACCGCCAACGUCAAGCUCGGAUCUGCAGACCUGGUCUUCCACACUGGCGAGGGCGCCAAGAGGACCGACCACGCCACCUGCAAGGUCUACUUCAACGACGUCGAGGAGUGGCAGAACGACUUUGACCGCGUUGCCUACCUCAUCAAGUCGCGCAUUGACGCCCUGAUGGUGGCCGAGAGGGCCGGCCAGGCCUCCAAGAUUGGCCGCGGCCUUGCCUACAAGCUGUUUGGCGCCCUCGUCGACUACAACCGCCGGUACCAGGGCAUGGAAGAGGUCAUCCUUGACAGCGAGACCUGCGAGGCCACUGCCAAGAUCCGCUUCCAGACCAAGGAGGAGGACGGCUCGUUCUUCUUCAGCCCCUAUCACAUCGACAGCUUGUGCCACAUCUCUGGCUUCAUCAUCAACGGCACCGAUGCGGUCGACUCGCGCGAGCAGGUCUUCAUCUCUCACGGGUGGGGCUCGUUGAGGUUCACCGAGGUUCCAGACCGCAACAAGGAGUACCGCAGCUACAUCCGCAUGCAGCCCGUCAAGGGCAGCAAGGUCAUGGCCGGCGACGCCUACGUGUUCGACGGCGACAAGAUCAUCGGCAUGUGCGGCGACCUCAAGUUCCAGGCCAUCCCACGCAAGGUCCUCAACAUGGUGCUGCCCCCCCGCGGAGCCUAUGCCGUUGGUGCUGCUGCUGCUCCUGCCCGGCCGGCCGCCCCGGCAGCCAAGAAGGCGAGCCCUGUCAAGGAGACCAAGAUCGUCACCCCCGGCAACAUCGCCAAGGUCAACCAGAAGCUCAAGAGCGUCAUCUCCGAGGUCAUGGACAUCCUCGCCCGCGAGGUUGGCGUGGGUCACGACGAGCUUGCCGACAACAUCGCCUUUACCGAUCUGGGUGUCGACUCGCUGAUGUCGCUGACCGUCAGCGGCAAGAUCCGUGAAGAGCUCGAGCUGGACCUGAGCUCGAAUGCCUUUGUCGAUUUCCCGACCAUCGGUUCGUUCAAGGGCUACCUUGCCCAGUUCGAGACCGCCGGCAGCAAGAAGAGCAUGGACUGGAGAGACUCGGGCGAUUCGAGUGGCUCCGACUCCACCCCCGAGAUGGGGUCAGACUCGGACAUCACAACGCCCCUCGCCGAGGAUGACACUUGCUCGGUCAAGGGAGACGGCAGCAGCGCCGGCACCGACGGUCUCCAGGCCAUUGUGCGCGAGACCAUCGCCAGCGAGAUGGGCGUCGAUGUCGACGAGGUCCAGGCUGCCCCCGAUCUCGCCAACCUCGGCAUGGACUCGCUCAUGAGCCUCUCGAUCCUGGGCGCGCUCCGCGAGAAGACGGGCCUCAACAUCCCGUCCGACCUCUUCGUCGCCAACCCGUCGCUCAAGGACGUCGAGAGGGCUCUCGGCAUCACCACCGCGGUGAAGCGGCCGUCGGCUCCCAAGGUGGCGGCGGCGAAACCCGCACUGGCGCCGGCUGCACCUGUCCACCCCAGGAUCGGUCUCGAGGAGCCCUGUCCUACCAAGCCUCCGAGGCCUGGCCACAUUGUCGACAACUGGCCGCACCGGAAGGCUACCUCUCUCCUCCUCUCGGGCAAUCACCGCACCGCGUCCAAGAACCUGUUCAUGAUUCCGGACGGCAGCGGUUCCUCCACCUCGUACGUCGAGAUUGCAGAGAUUGGCGGUGACUGGGCCGUCUGGGGGCUCUUCUCUCCCUUCCUCAAGACCCCCGAGGAGUACAACUGCGGCGUCUACGGCAUGGCGGCCAAGUUCAUCGAGGAGAUGAAGCGCCGGCAGCCGGCCGGGCCCUACAGCCUGUCGGGCUGGUCGGCGGGCGGCGUGAUCGCGUACGAGAUCGUCGACCAGCUCACCAAGGCCGGCGAGAGGGUGGACCGGCUCAUCAUCAUCGACGCGCCCUGCCCCGUGACCAUCGAGCCGCUGCCUCAGGGCUUGCACGCGUGGUUCGCGUCCAUCGGCAUGCUGGGCGAGAAGGGCGACAAGAUCCCGCCCUGGCUGCUCCCGCACUUCGCUGCCUCGGUCACGGCGCUCAGCAACUACGACGCCGAGCCCAUCGCCAAGGACCGCUGCCCCAACGUCACGGCCAUCUGGUGCGAGGACGGCGUGUGCAACCUGCCCACGGACCCGCGGCCCGAGCCCUACCCCAAGGGCCACGCGCUGUUCCUGCUCGACAACAGGUCCGACUUUGGGCCAAACAGGUGGGACGAGUACCUCGACGCCGACAAGAUGUCCUUCAGGCAUAUGCCCGGGAACCACUUCUCCAUGAUGCAUGGUGAUCUGGCGAAGCAGCUCAAUGGCUUCCUCCGCGAGGCGCUCCUGUAAUGAGGAUGGUCUCCUGCAAGCGAUGGAAGGUCUUGCCUCGCUUGGUGGCCUAGAACGGGACCCCAGUGGCCACAUACCAUACCAUUACCAUCUUAACUUUGGGUUACUCCCACCCCAAUCUUGUAAUCUGCCU